GAUCCUGCACCACGAUCCACCAGCGCCACGAUCCAGCACCACGAUCCACCAUAACGAUCCACCACCACCACGAUCCACCACCACACUCACCACCACCACGACUCACCACCACCACCACGAUGUCCGCAGGCUCCGUCUCCUUGCCCCUCCUGCUCAGCUGCAGCAGCAGCAGCAGGCGGCGUCUGGGGCCUCCUCUCCUCCUCCUCCUCGUGGUCAUGGCCGCCAUCUUGUCCGUGCUGGCGGCCGCUCUCGAAGAGCGGCGCCAGCCCCAGCGGCCCUCCCUGCGGGACGGCCUCCCGGCCAACGUGACGGCGGCGGCGGGGAGCGACGCUCGGCUACGCUGCGUCGUCCUGCAGAGCGACGGGGCGGGGGCGGUGCAGUGGCUCAAGCACGUGGUGGUCAACGGGAGCCUGGCGGCGCCCAACGGCUCUCCCUACGUGCGCAUCCUCACGACUGUCGGCGUGGAGGUCUCGGACGUGGAGACGACGCAGCUGCUCUACCUGCGUAACGUCAGCGUGGACGACUCUGGCCGCUACACCUGCCUGGCGGUCAACGCCGCUGGGUUCGCUCGGCGCUCCGCCUGGCUCCUCGUCGUGCCGCGAGAGACGCGGGCGGGGAGACGUUCGCUCGCCACGACGACCGCGGGGGCCGGGAAGAUGUUGACUGCCUCGCCUGUGGAGACCCGCCCGGCCGCUUCCUUGACGAUGUGCGGCGUUUAUUGCGCCGCCGGAUUUCUUCUGCUGAUCGCCGUCACCCUCGUUCACCUCCGUCUGGCUCACACGGCGGACACGGAG